AUGCUUGACUGGGGCUCUUUCAACCAGGUGCCCUUUUUGGCCAGUGAUUUGAAUUCGUCCUUAUCCAAUGCCAAUUCUUCAAAACCAAUAUCACUGCCACAGCCGCUAGGAUGGCUUUCGUGCACUUGUGAAGAUGGAUGGGGCCCACUAUCGCCAGUUUACAACGAUUUGACUCCAUGUUUUUUCUUGGGAAUCUUGUUUGCAGCUGCUGGCGUAUUGAUGGUGUUGACAGGCCUUUACCAAGUGAAGGUGCUCAGAGACCGCAAAGUGAGCGCUGGAAAUAGAGUGAGUUGGACAUUUUAUGUGAAGAUUCUUUUGGCGGGUCUUCAGGUGGCAUUUUCCGUAUUGUUGGCCGUCGUAUACCGUGGUUCAUUUGAUAUCUUGAAAACAGCAAUCUCCAUCAAUGUGGCUGCUACGGCAGUUGCGUACGCUAUCCACUACCUUGAACAGUUCAAGGCCACUGUAUCAAAUGGUGUAUUGCUAUUCUUCUGGCUCUUCCAGGUCAUUUUCCACACGACCAGGGUGUUAUCGCUCAACUUGAGAGGUGAGGUGAGCUCCCAGCUCUCCACUUUGUCUAUUAUGUCUGCUGUCAACACAUUCAUUUUGUUGAGCUUGGAAAUUUACUUCCCACCCCGUUCUCUCGCUUCGUUCAGCUCAGAAGCUGCACUUUCGCCUUUUGAUAGAGCUAACGUCUUUUCCAGAAUCACUUUCAAUUGGAUGGGUCCAUUGAUGAAAAAGGGGUUCUACCAGUUUUUGACCGAGAGAGAUUUGCCAUUUUUGCCACACGAGCUCAAAGCUUCCACCACUGCCUCCACUUUCAACAAGAACUGGUCCCACCAGUCCACCUCUUCUUUGUUUUGGGCAAUUUCCAAGUCUUUUGGCUUUCCAUUUUUGAUUGGAGGUGUUUUCAAGGCUUUGCAAGAUUCAUUGGCGUUCGUUCAGCCUCAAUUACUUCGUUUGUUGAUUCGUUUUGUCAACGAUUACUCAGAUUCCCUCGAUAAGGGUGAGCCCAUUCCCCUCACGAGAGGAUUCAUGAUCGCCGCUGGAAUGUUUGUAGUUUCGGUGGCACAGACUGCUUUCUUGCAUCAGUACUUCCAGAGAGCUUUCGAGUUGGGUAUGAGAAUCAAAUCGUCCUUAACCACCGUCAUCUACAAUAAGUCCUUGGUGUUAUCUAAUGAAACAAAGCAAGUGUCCAAUACUGGAGACAUCGUGAACUUAAUGUCUGUCGAUGUGCAAAGAUUACAGGACUUGGUGCAGAACUUGCAGAUCAUUUGGUCUGGUCCUUUCCAAAUUAUCUUGUGUUUGUAUUCCUUGCACGGAUUGUUGGGUAACUCCAUGUGGGCCGGUGUGGCAAUAAUGAUUGUCAUGAUUCCAUUGAAUGCUGUCAUCGCUAGAUAUCAAAAGAAGUUGCAAAAGACUCAGAUGAAGUACAAAGACGAGAGAUCCAGAUUGAUCAGUGAAAUCUUAAACAACAUUAAGUCUUUGAAGUUGUAUGGCUGGGAACAUCCAUACUUGAAGAAGCUUUACCAUGUUAGAAAUGAUAAGGAGUUGGCAAACUUGAAGCGGAUGGGUAUUUUCGGUGCUGCUUCCAUGUUCUCGUGGAACUUGGCUCCAUUUUUGGUCAGCUGUAGCACUUUUGGUCUUUUUGUUUUGACUAACAAGAAUGUCAGUUUGUCUACUGAUAUUGUUUUUCCAGCUUUGUCAUUGUUCAACUUGUUGUCAUUCCCCUUGGCUGUCGUUCCUAUGGUGAUCACAAAUGUUGUGGAGGCUCAAGUUGCUAUUUCUAGAUUGAGCAAAUUUUUGACUGGUGCCGAGUUGCAAGAAAAUGCCGUCAUCAGAGCUCCAAAGGUGAGCAACAUUGGUGACGUAGCAGUUUCUGUCAAGAAUGGUACCUUCUUAUGGUCCAAACUGAAGGGCGAAGAAACCUACAAGGUUGCCUUGUCCAACAUUAACUUGGAUGUCAAGAAGGGAGACUUGGACUGUAUUGUGGGAAAAGUUGGUUCCGGAAAGUCUUCAAUCAUCCAGGCAAUCCUAGGUGAUCUCUACAAGCUCGAUGGAGAGGUUAAAGUUCACGGAAGUAUUGCAUAUGCCUCUCAGGUCCCUUGGAUCAUUAACGGUACUGUCAGAGAGAACAUUUUAUUUGGUCACAAGUACGACCCUGAAUUUUACCAGCACGUGUUGAAGGCUUGUGCUUUAUCUGUUGACUUGAAAGUAUUGCCAAAAGGUGACAGGACAGAAGUUGGAGAAAAGGGAAUCUCUUUGUCUGGUGGACAGAAGGCCAGACUUGCAUUGGCCAGAGCGGUAUACGCAAGAGCAGAUGUUUACCUUUUCGAUGAUCCUUUGAGUGCUGUCGAUGAGCAUGUUGGAAGACAUUUGAUUGACCAUGUCUUGGGUCCAAAUGGUAUGUUGAAAUCCAAGUGUAGAAUUUUGGCUACCAAUGCUAUCCACGUUUUAAAUGUGGCGAACAAUAUCCAUAUGGUUAAGGACGGAAAAAUUGUUGAGCAAGGCUCCCUCUUGGAAGUUAUGUCUCAAGACAAGAGUCAAUUGCGCCAACUUAUUAUUGAUUUCGGAAAAGGAAAAUCUUCAUCUACUAUGGCUUCUUCCUCUGCUGCUUCCACAAAGGCUGAGAAGGUUGGAUCAGAUUCAGAAGAGACGAAAGACAACGUGGAUUAUUCUCAAUUGGAGAGUGAGUCUGAAAUCGAAGUCAGCAGUUUAAGACGAGCAUCGGUGGCUCCACUUUUAACCGAUGAAGAACGGUUGAUUUUGGAGCAGGAAGAAGAAGAGGAUGACGAAGAUGCUAAGGCCAGAAAGGAACACUUGGAACAAGGUGAAGUGAAAUGGGAUGUUUACAAGGAGUAUGCGAAAGCCUGUGGUCCAUUGAAUGUUAUGGUCUUCUUGGGUGCAACAGUUACCUCAAUGGCUGUGAACGUUUGCUCGAAUAUUUGGUUGAAGCACUGGUCUGAGGUCAACACGAAGUAUGGUUACAACCCUGAUGUGCCAAAGUACUUAAGUAUCUAUUUUGCGUUGGGUAUCGGCUAUUCGCUUUGUUCUUUGGUUCAAACUUGCUUCAUGUGGAUCUACUGUACUAUUAGGGGAUCUACCAAGAUGCAUAAUGGUAUGGCCCAGUCUGUGUUGAGAGCUCCAAUGUCUUUCUUUGAGACCACGCCAAUUGGUCGUAUUUUGAACAGAUUCUCGAAUGACAUUUACAAGAUUGAUGAGAUUUUGGGAAGAGUGUUUGGAAUGUUCUUCAGUAACGCCACCAAAGUUAUGUUUACCAUUAUCGUUAUUUGUUUCUCCACUUGGCAGUUCAUUUUCAUUGUUGGACCUUUGGGUAUCUUGUACGUUUACUAUCAGCAGUACUACUUGAGAACCACAAGAGAAUUGCGUCGUUUGGAUUCCGUUUCCAGAUCGCCUAUCUUCGCUAACUUCCAGGAAUCUUUGAAUGGUGUUUCAGUCAUCAGAGCUUAUGGUCAGGAAGAUAGAUUCAAACAUUUGAACGAAGGAAGAGUUGAUAAGAACAUGCGUGCUUACUACCCAGCUGUCAAUGCUAACAGAUGGUUAGCUGUCAGAUUGGAGUUCUUGGGUUCGGUCAUCAUCUUGGGCUCUUCGGGUUUGGCGAUUUUGACUUUGAAAACAGGUUCCAUUUCCGCCGGUAUGGUAGGUUUGUCUGUGUCGUAUGCUUUGCAAGUGACUCAGUCAUUGAACUGGAUUGUUAGAAUGACAGUUGAAGUCGAGACUAAUAUCGUUUCCGUGGAAAGAGUCUUGGAAUACUCCAGAUUGACUCCUGAAGCUCCAGAGAUUAUUGAAGAUUAUAGACCAGCGCUUAAUUGGCCAGCCAAUGGAGAAGUCAAUUUUAAAGACUACUCAACCAGAUACAGACCAGAGUUGGAUUUGGUGUUGAAGAACGUCAACUUAUCGGUCAAGCCCCAUGAAAAGAUUGGUAUUGUUGGAAGAACCGGUGCAGGAAAGUCAUCGUUGACUCUCGCCUUGUUCAGAAUUAUUGAAGCCACCUCUGGUCACAUCGAGAUUGAUAAAGUCGACACGAGCAAGUUAGGAUUGGCUGACUUGAGACACAAGUUGUCGAUCAUUCCACAAGACGCACAAGUCUUUGAGGGAAGUAUUAGAAGCAACUUGGAUCCAACUGACAGCUUCACGGAUGAAAAGAUCUGGAAGGCUUUGGAGCUAUCUCAUUUGAAGGACCAUGUUUUAAAGAUGUAUGAAAACAGGGACCAGAGCGACGAAGAAAUCAAGUCAGGAUUGGAUGUCAGAAUGAGUGAGGGUGGAUCGAACUUGUCUGUGGGUCAAAGACAAUUGAUGUGUCUUGCCAGAGCAUUGUUGAUUCCAUCGCAUAUUUUGGUUCUUGAUGAGGCCACCGCUGCUGUUGAUGUCGAAACUGACACUGUUAUUCAGGAGACAAUCAGAACCGAAUUCAAGGACAGAACAAUUUUGACAAUUGCGCACAGAUUGAAUACGAUCCUGGACUCUGAUAGAAUCAUCGUGUUGGAGCAAGGAGAAGUGGCCGAAUUUGACACUCCUGAGAACCUUUUGCAGAACAAGGAUUCUUUGUACUAUGCUCUCUACAAGCAGGGAGGGUUCCUUGAAGAAGAGCAGGACAAGGAACUCACUGAAUAG